AAUGUCAGCAAACAAGCGCUCCGUUUUCGUUUCUGGAGCGUGUAGGAUUCACGGAAGUGGAGUCACAGGCGUGGCUUAGCAACUUCCGUCUUUGAAAGCGCAAAAAUGACAGCGACUCUGCGUCCCUACCUAAACGCUGUGAAGGCCACCUUGCAGGCGGCCUUAUGUCUUGAGAACUUCUCCUCUCAGGUUGUGGAGCGUCACAACAAGCCCGAGGUGGAGGUCAGGAGCAGCAAGGAGCUGCUGCUUCAGCCUGUGGUGAUCAGCCGCAAUGACAAGGAGAAGGUUCUCAUCGAGGGAUCCAUCAACUCCGUCAGAGUCAGCAUUGCUGUCAAACAGGCUGAUGAGAUCGAGAAGAUCCUUUGCCACAAGUUCAUGCGCUUCAUGAUGAUGCGGGCGGAGAACUUCUUUAUUCUGAGGAGGAAACCAGUAGAGGGUUAUGAUAUCAGCUUCUUGAUCACCAACUUCCACACGGAGCAGAUGUACAAACACAAGCUUGUGGACUAUGUCAUCCAUUUCAUGGAGGAGAUCGACAAGGAGAUUAGCGAGAUGAAGUUGUCCGUUAAUGCCAGAGCUCGUAUUGUCGCAGAGGAGUUCCUCAAGAAUUUCUGAUGACCGCCUCCACACGCAAGCACGCAAAGUCUGUAACAGCCAAUCAGGAGAGAGGAACUUUGGGUGCACACAGCCAACCAGUGAGGGAAUAACAACGGAACAUGACCUACUCAGUGGUGAAACCCGCCUAUGCUUAUCUCUGUAGUCCUGCAUAUCAGUGACCGUAAAUAAAAAGUCACUUUCCUUAGCCCUUUCAAUUGUCUGCCACUUUGAACAAAUGCCCCAACAAACCAAGGCGGGUCCUUAAAACCUUUGAAACAUGCUGAUAUCCACGAAUACAGAGACUAGGAGUGUGUUCAAAUGCAAUUAAAUAGAUGUUAGUAUUGUAUGUCAGUCCGUCUGCCAUCAGUGUCAAUUUUGUCUUCAAAUUCACACAUGUGGAAAUUAGUCCCCAAAAUGAAUGUGUAAAGUUAAUAAAAUUCCAAGUGUUUCUA